GUUUCUAUCUCUCUCUCCCUCUCUCUUCCUCUCUGAAAUAAAUAUAUAUAUUUAAAAGUUAGACUUUUUAAAUCCACGUUCCACCUAAAUGUUUUUUAACCUGCCAUUCUUUAAAAUAAUUUAACAGUUCUUUUCGUUGACAGUAUCUUUAAUGUUUCUCUUACUACCUUUUUCUUCCAUCUCGGAGCAUAUGUAAUGUGCACAUGUUUCCUGAUAAAAGCAUAAAGUGUAAAUAAAGGACACUGAGAAGAUAUAAAGGAACAUAUCAAAUAAAUUGACCUAAUUCAUGGAUAAAAAUAAUUCUACUUCGAAGUUUAAGAGAUAUGGAGACCUCCAGGAGGAUUUGGAGAAGAGUCCCAAUAGUUAUUAAAAUUCUGGACUAGAUCUAUUAGGAAAGAUAAAGAAACUAAGAAUCUACCAGGAAAGAGGAGUUACAGUGGUUUAUGAAAGCUUUUCAAGUAGAGAUGUCAACCAGGUGUCAUGCCUUGAUGGAGAACUAAACAGGAGAAAAUAGAUUUACGUUCCAACCUAAAGAGCUUUAGGUGAGAGCUAAGGAAGACAUGUCCUGAUAAUUAAACGUUAAGAAGGUUUAGUGAGGCAGCUCUUUGGAGAGUUUCUUGAAAAGGUAGUUCUAGAUGUGUCCGUUUUAAGAACAGAAACUAACCUUUUUGAUCACCAAGAAGGGGCUCCACACUGUUUCAAUCACUUUUACACAUAUUAACUCAAUCCUUACGAUGACCCCAUGAGAUAGGUAUUAUUAUCUGUGUCUAUGAAAAAAGGCAUAGAUAUGAAAGUUGAAAUUCAGGUUAAGCAAUUUAUCCAAAAUGAUAUAGCUGGUGUGAGUGGCAAAGGCAGGAUUUGAAUCCAGCUCUGUGCUGUCACCCUCUUCCCACCACACCAGCCAGCUUCUCUUAACUGAAAACUAGGUGAUGGGCCAAAGGAUCGAUGAGACUCCAGCUCCUGAGCUCAUUCACAGCAGAAACAAUAUCUUACUCAACCGUAUUUGCCACACCUACCUCGAUACCUAACCCCUACUGAAUUGAUUCUAACUUUAUAUCCCGUCUGACAUUAAACAAAGACGCCAGUGAAGCGCAGUCAUCCAUCCAUAUUGGGGAAGAGUGUUACAAGCAUAGGGAACAGCAAGUACAACGGCCCUGAGGUAGGAAGAUGCUUAGUUGCUUUUGAGGAACAACAGCUAAGUGGGAGAGUCGAAGACAGGAGUUGCCGUUGGAGAGGAAGCCAGGGGUCACAUCAUUUAGAGCCACUGCCACUCACUUUAAAAAGAUUAAUUUCCAAGAACACCUGGUCAACAGAUUGUGGUGCUUUACACAAGCAAAAAAGCAUGAAGAAGCUGAUAGAAAUAAUAAUGAUUUUUUGGUGGUUAUAUGCCUAGCAAUGGGGUAGGACAUUUAAGUGCAUUAUCGCACUUAAUCCUCACAUUACUUCUACAGGGUUAGGUACUAUCCCAGUUUUAAAGCUUGAGAAAAUGGGGAAACAGAAAUAUCAAAUAACGUGGUUCACAAUUAGCCCAUGGCAGAGACCGGAGGUGAGCCAGGUCUCUCUGACUCCAGAGCCUCGAAGCCACAUCCACAUUUUCUCAUUGCGAACAGGGAGGAAGGGCCUCUUGCCUGCGGGCAUUCAACAAGUAAUUAUUGUUCAUUGCCUUGUGAGCGGCACUGUAGAAACAGGAAUCAAAUGUAACACAGCAUUUUAAAACGCUUUGCAUGAUCACAUUCUUACCAAUCAUUUCUUUUUAAAACUUUGCAGGUAGAUGGACUAUAAGGUACUUGCCCAACAAACCACUCAAGAUAUUUUAGGUUACAGUCAAGAUACAUCAGGCUGGAAAGUAGUUAAAUCUUCAAAAAAAAUAACUGUUUCUAGCAAGGCUUCUAAAAAAUUCCUUGGAAAUAUAUAUCGUGCUGAAGGAAUAAUUUCAGAACCAACAUCUAAACUAGCUGAUUUCCUCUACAAGCCUGAAAUUAGAAUUACAUGGGACAAAUCAUUGAAAGUGUACAAUAUGAUACACAAGAUUGAUUCGGACACAUUCAUAUGUCAUGCCAUUACACAAAGUUUUGCCAUGGGCUCAAUUUCCCCCCGAGACUUUGUCGACAUAGUGCACAGCAAGUGCCAUGAAGGGAAUGUGUAUGUGAUCAGUUCUAAAAGUGUGGAUUUUCCAGGAUAUCCUCCAUCUUCACAUUAUAUCCGUGGUUAUAACCAUGCUUGUGGCUUUGUCUGUUCACCUCUGAAAGAUAAUCCAGCGCAUUCCAAAGUAGUGAUGUUUGUCCAGACAGAAAUGAGGGGGAAAUUGUCCCCAUCAAUAAUUGAAGCAACUAUGCCUUCCAACUUAGUGAACCUCAUCCUCAAUGUAAAAGAUGGAAUAAAGACACACAAAGCUUCAUCAGAACGUGGACGUCAUCAUAGUUGCCAAUCGCUCCCUAAGAAGAAAUGAGGCUGUUUAUAAUGAGGCCAUAUAAAAUCAUGUGUAGCAGUUACUGCAGUUUAUUUCUAAGUCAAUAUGCAUAAGGACUGUUAAACUAUUCUAGACAGUAUUCUUGUACAAAUUACUGAAGGUACAUUGUGGAAAUGAGAACUCAUAGUUAUAUAAGAGAACAGUCUUAAAUAUAGUUUUGAAUCGCAUAUAAGACUGAUGUUCAAUAACAACUGUUUAUUUUUUUAAAUUAUAUUUUUAUUGAUUUCAGAGAGGAAGGGAGA